CACCGUCCCGGGGCGGAGUAGCAGUUCGGUUCGGUCGUCAUGGCGGCGGAGAACUCUGUGACGGAGCAGACGGAGCUCGGCGGUGACGGCUUCGUGCCUCCGGACGGGCUGUGCUGGGUGUCGGUGCUGUCCUGCCUGCUGCUGGCCUGCUCGUAUGUCGGCAGUCUGUACGUGUGGAGGAGUGACCUGCCCAGGGAUCACCCCACUGUGAUAAAGAGGCGCUUCACCAGCGUACUGAUUGUGUCGGGCCUGUCGCCUCUGUUCGUGUGGGCAUGGAGAGAGUUCACAGGCGUCAGGACUGGCCCGUCGUUACUCGCUCUCAUGGGGAUGCGGUUUGAAGGUCUAAUUCCUGCCGUCGUCCUUCCUCUGCUGCUCACCAUGGUCCUGUUUCUGGGCCCCCUCAUGCAGCUGGCUAUGGACUGUCCCUGGAGCUUCAUGGACGGGAUCCGCGUGGCAUUUGACCCGUGGUUUUGGAUGUUGUGUUUCAGCGACAUGCGCUGGUUGAGGAAUCAGGUGGUGGCACCGUUAACAGAGGAGCUGGUGUUCAGGGCCUGCAUGCUGCCCAUGCUGGUGCCCUGUGCUGGUCCUUCCACAGCCAUCUUCACCUGCCCCCUCUUCUUUGGAGUCGCUCACUUCCACCAUGUGAUCGAGCUGCUGAGGUUCAGGCAGGGCACGCUGUCAGGGAUCUUCCUCUCUGCAGUGUUCCAGUUCUCCUACACAGCAGUGUUUGGGGCCUACACCGCCUUCAUCUUCAUCAGAACAGGUCACCUGAUGGGUCCAGUCCUCUGCCACUCCUUCUGUAACUACAUGGGUUUCCCUGCUAUCAGCACAGCGUUGGAACACCCCCACCGCAUAACAGUCCUGUCCUCCUACCUGCUGGGGGUGGUCCUCUUCCUCCUCUUCCUCUUCCCAUUUACUGACCCCUCCUUCUACGGCGUCCCCACACCGGUCUGCACCCUCGCCUCCUCUCCAAGCUCCCUCUGCCUCUCCUGAUCCCCGCUCUCUCACACUUCUAUGCUGUUGUCACGUCACCUUCCGCUGAUGAAGCAGUUGAGGGCGUUCUUGUUUUUUUUUUUUUUUGCUAAGUUAGAGUUCAGGUCAGGUCCAGUUUGGACCCACAGCCAUGUCGGCUAAGUUGCCAUGCAGAGGUGUGGAAAUCUGUAGCCAUUUUCUAUGGUCUAUGGACCCGUGAUAUGUCAGCGCAUUGACAUAUGUGACAUAUGUAAUCAGCUGAUGCUCUUAUACAGAGUGACUCAUUCUGAGCAGGCGGGGUUUCAUGUUGCUGGGAGUGGACUGAAGACUGUCCACCAUGUGGUUGUAGCGUAGUUCCAACACUGAAGGACGAUUCCUCCUCAGAUCCUCUUACGCUGUUAGAUCUCAUCAAUUUGUGAUGAAGCGUCAUAAUGUACCUUUUUGGUGUACUCAUGUUCCACUCAGCCUGCCUCAUUUUAAAGGAUAAAUCUGCUUUUUUACAGCUCAGGUCUCAUUUUUGUCACAUCUGUCAGUGAUCAUAACAAAAUGAGUUGUGGAACAUCUGGAAACAGCCUCAGGUUUGAAACAAACCUCUGAUUAGUCAGACAGAGAAAACAAAGAAGAACACUAAACAUCAAUCACUGUCAGAUUGUUGUCCAGUUGUUCAUGUUUUGAUCACUUGAUGGCCAAAACUAUGAAAUAGGACCUGAGUUGUGGAGUUCUCAGUAUCAAGCUGAGGGGUUUAGAUGGAGUUGGGACUUUGGAUCAGUGUUAAGAUUUACUUGUUUUGUUCAGUUGAAUCUUAAAGAGGCAAGUGUUGUCCCUGAAAAUCAGAAUUAUCCUUAUUACCUUUGAGCUCCUCCUGAGUGACACAUGGAAAAUGGGUUUUCUGACAAUGACAGUGAGUCACAACCGUUACUCAACAUGUCUUAUGGCUGCACUGCAUUCUGGUGUUUAGAGGCUCAUAGAGAUGUUGGCAUCUUUGCCUCUUCUGUCUGUUCAAUGCAAAUAAUUCUGCUGUAGCUGCACUGGAGUGCAGGAAUAUUAGCGUGAUGCUGAAAUAGGAAGAAUCUGUUGUUAAUGGUGGCAGGAAUCUCCAUCACCUCCAGCUGUUUUGAAUGUUUUUAAGAGUCACUUCAGCUGGAACAGAAGCGAGCGCUCUGCUGGAAGCGGUCAGUGUUUUCUAUGAUAUAUUAAUGGUUAUUUAUAUACCUCUGCAUGUGUCAGUGCUGGUGGCUUUGUUGGUGAUGGUCAGUGAUAGGAUAGCUUGGGGAGGGUGGUGGUGGUGGUGGUUGUGAUGGGGUUUAUAAUGGCUGAAACAUACUCUAUGUAAGGGCACAAACACACACUGGUUGGAGUGAAGUGUCCUCUCAUGUCUCAUGGAGGUUAAACGUGACGCAGCAUCCUGAUGUUGCAACAGCUCUGUCAAGCAUCAGGUCACACCAACUGAGGAGCUUUCUUCAGUGUCAAACCAAGCAGCUAUUCUUCUCGCUGUCGGGAGGUCCAUAUUUUGUUCUCUAGUUCUUGCUUAUUUUACUCAGUGGCCACUCGUGGUAUAGCAUACAUUUCCCUGAGAUGUCUGUAAAACUGUGACAAAGUCAGUCAUGACAUAUUUGAUCCAUGCAUUCAUAAAUCUUCCUCAAGAUGAGAUUUUAUUUGUAAUUUUAAAGGUCAGAUGUCAUCACAGUGUCGAGUCUAUGGGCCGCGCGUGAACUUGGGCGUGGGGGGCAAGUGUGAGACACGCACAUCGUCAGUGGGUUACAUAAGCAGGACGUUACCCUGGAAGCUAGAACCCUCUUUUUGCUGUAUGCUCCAGGCCAGCAUUGACUUAAAUAGGCACCAUCCUCAUCUAUGAUACAUCCAUGGUAUGCAGAGCCCUGACUGUAGAUUGUAGUAAAGAGGUGUGAGAGUCUGUGUCCUUCCACAGAGUAUGUUUUAGUCUUAAAGCUGAAGUUUGUUGUAUGUUGUUAACCUUCAGCUGUUUCUCAUCUUUACUUUGAGCUUCUUUGUUUCAUACACCAUUCUUAUUAUCCAACAGGAGCUCUCAGUCUCUCACUAUUAACAUUUGGGUUCAUGAUUUCGUAGGCUGUCUCUUACACAGUAUACCAAAGGUGUUAUUACCUACUGCUCGUACUCUCUUGCUUUAGUUAUAUGUUGUCUUUUAUCGAGGGCAGUGCAAGACUCCAACACUCAGGUGUUGUUUAACAGAGGCUCCAAACACAACACUGCAAGCUGGAAUUUGCACAAUACAGGAGUCUGGAAAAGUCAUUGUGAUCACACCUGUGCACAGAUUUAAUAUCAAUAAAAUGACAUGGUACUACUCAGACAGAAGUUAAAAAGAGUCUGAGUGGACAGUAACACAAGCUAUCAGACAGGUUUUAGCCCAAUUAUUUUAAAAACAUGUUUCUGGAUUGGAAACACAGUCUGCCAAUCAAACACAUGUUCUGUGAUCUGAAAAACACUUGUCACGUCAUACCAAAUGCUUUUGUUGGAGUGCUACUAAGAUUACCGUGCUGUGAUGUGUCCCAGACACUGGGAUAGGUUUUAUAUAUCCGUUUGAUUUUAUUGCAGCUGUCCGUGAAAAACUGCGAAACGAAACCAGAAAGCACAAAAGCAGAGACGUGUUGUGUUGCUGUCUUCAUUGCACCAGUCUUGGAUCUGGAAAUAGGGCUAAAUCAGAAUGAAAUCAACCAGCCCAAUCCUUUUCAUAUCCUGAUCAUUGUUCACUCAUAGUGUCUCUGAUAGCUCACCUCAGUUAAAGUCAGUGGGUGACUUUGUUGUGGUGGUAAAUGUUCUGGAAGGUCAUUUAUUUAAAAAACAGAAAGCAACCAUACCUUCUGUGUUUUUUCCAUGUAUGAGGUUGAAUCCAAGAUUUUUCCUUUCAUGACUUCUCACAGUUUUUGCCGUAGAGUUUUUGACCAUGUGUAUCCCUACAUACAGGCCAAUUCACAGGUUCAGUGUUAUUCCAAUGAUUGACCGUUAAUGGCAGCGAGGUGCCAAAAAGCAUAGCAAUGCAGAUUAAAAACAGAAAAUCAUCUCUGUAAAUGUUUGGUGAAAAGGAAAUGCACGUGUCGGUGAUAAAACUGUAGAAGCGUUUCUGAAGUGUCGCAAUUAGAAAACGGCAAAAUUUUUAAAAAAUUCAAAUAAGUUGUGAUGUAGCAAACCCUUAAGUCACAUGACUGAUCAGCUGUUUCCUCAUGACCUAUGAUAGCUCCACACAGAUCUCAUUAAUUUUUUUUUUUACUGGUUGAAGUUCCACUGGCGCGCUUUUAAUUGCGUCAUCUCGUCGUGUCUUCUUCUGCUUUCUGACUGGAGAAUUGGCGCUACCGACUGAGCGGGAGGGACUGAAAACAACAUUUAUUUGCAUUUUCUUUUGCCAAAUGACUGAAAGUUUGGCUAAAAUGUGUGAUACAUUAGGAUCGAAACAUGGCUAUAGUGUAAAACUCACUUUGGUUUGUUUACAUGGACAACUGCCUAGUUUACUGAGAAGACGAUGAAAUUCAUUUUUCUUAUUAUUUAUUCUAACAUGUUGAGUCUUGCACUGUCCCCUCUGUAGGAUAAUUCUUCGAGGUUCAUCCUCCUCUUCGGUUUAGAUAAAGUGGUUGAACUGUGGACUUGACGGCUCGAGCCGUGGCCUUGUGCAACUUCGCUUCACCCGACCUUUGCAAUGUAGUGUGUGAUUUUAUGUCCUUUAAGCAGCUAGACUCACGUGAGUGACAUUUCAUUUUGUUUGCAGUCCACCUCUUGUAAUACUCAUUCUCUGGAGGGGUGCAUCAGUGACUGUUUCCUUUUGAACAAUGUUAUUUCUGCUUAGACCACCCGGCGUCUUUGCUGCGAAACGCCUAAACUGCAGAUAACUAGAUAAUUUCUUCAGCGGGCUGAUUGACUAGUUAACCUCUCGCUCCAAUCGUCAAAGUGUUUUCCAGCUCACAGUCGGUGAGAUUUGAGUGUGACAGGAAGAACUCAAAAUGUCAGAAACACUAUAAGCUAUACUCAUACUGUGAAGAAGAAGAAGAAGAAGAAGAAGUGGGCUGCUUGGGUCUUCAGCAAUAAAUCCUAUUAUGUGUGCAAGUUUUUGGAUCUGUUUGAUCUGACCGAGCGAGAGCAGAUCUGUUGAACAGGGCUGUGCAUGUAUAUUCACGACUUUGGCCAGUUAAAUGAGCCUCUCUUUUUUUUCCUUUUUUUUAAAGUUUGCAAACCCUGCAGGCAGUGCACAGGGCAGUUUGUACUGUACCUACCUGAAGCUGCCAGCAGAGGACGGCAGAGCACUUUGUCAGAGGCAGAGCUGCUGCGAGCUCUCUUCUCCAUUCUGUUUACCAGCCUCUCUGACAUCAGUCAUCAGUCACUGGAAAACACAUUCUCCCUAACUUAUUUUCCCUUUAGCUUCUACACAAUUAUGCCCCAAUAGAGGAGAUUGAUGCAGAGAGGAGGAACCCUGUGGUGAGACUCUCACUGAUGUUAGUUCCCGGUUAGAAUGUGUUAGUUCCUUCUGCCUCCCACAUCGUUCUCUCCAAGCUUCUCCCCUCGCUGCCUGUAAAUCAUCAGCCCUUCAUUGUGUCUAUAGAUUCCCUUCUUCUCUUAUGCCGUUGAGCUUGCCUCAAUAUUGGAUUCUAUUCACAUAUUAAGGCAGUGGAUCAUUUUAUAGAGCUGCAUGUUCAGUCGUGGAGGGUUUUUGUGACUCAAAGGUCCAGUGUGUCAGAUUUAGGAGGCUCUAUUAUAAUAUAAAUAUAUCUAUCUCUGUUUUCAUUAGUGUAAGAUCUCCUGAAAAAAUGUUUUUGUUACCUUACAAUGAGACAGUUUCUACAGUAGGCCAGAAUGGACAAAUGAAACACUAACUCUACUGUCACCUUUUACACAUGGUUCUUGCCGCCAUACUUUCUCCUUCUCACAAGGAAGGAGAAGGUGAAGCAAGGUGGUUGCAGUCAUGCCACUAAAUCCUACACACUGUUCCUUUAAUGUUGUGUUUCUAUAAACUCCCAGGACCACCGUGAGUGAGUCAUAUUACAGGGUCAGUGAUGAUUUUCAAACCUAUUUAAAGCCACUAUGUGUAGAUUUUACAGCCCAUAUGAUUCUGUUAUUAUGUAGGUGUUUUUCUUUGUGGAGUUCCAGUGACGCCUGGUCUCACACUUUGGCCACUAGUUUCCUGGUGGUGUUGGUAACUGAUGGUAGUGCCUCAGUGGUCGGUGUUCUCUGUUUAAAUACAAUCCUAACUGCAUUUAUAUAGAAGAUAUAAUAGUGACGUUAGAAAUUGCUCCUCCUGAAUAGUGCUCUGAUAUUUGAUUCAGUCAUUCCAGCUGAAAAAUGCAGCACAUCUCCUCAUGAAAGCAAACCUUUAUUUUUCACAUUUUCAUGGACUUUAAUGGAAUUAGAAUUACAAGCCGCUUAAUGAAAAGAGACAUUUAAGUUGUCUCCCUCGUCUGCUGAAGUGUUUGUCAUCAGCAGCUGGAUUUAAAUGUGUGUGUGUGUGUGUCUGCAGGCUGAUGGAUCUCAGUGGUGGACUGUUCAUUAAGCUGUGACGUGGUUCAGGAUACUAGUAGCUGAAAAGGCUGGGAGAGGGACAAGCCAUGCACAUUAGAACUGGAGGCUGAAGUAUGGGCUGAUAUCAGCUUCUUGCAGAUGGAUUAUUAUUAAAGGUCUUAUUGAUGGUGCUGCACACACCACCAGCUACGUCCAGGGGAACGUCUUGAUUUUAAUAAUAAUUAUUAUUAUAAUUGAUUUUUGUGGAGUAUCUUUUGUGGGUAUACUGUAGCAUGGUCUUUUAUUUUUUGCUACCACCACUAGGGGGUGCCAAGUAUGCUGCACGUAGUGGCUUUAAUUUAAAAAAAGAAAAGAAAACUACAUCAAACAAAUAAGCAAAGAUGAAUUUAGAAAUGUCCAAUAUGUGUAUUUAUUGACCUCAUCCUAAAAGAAAGGCAGUCAGACUGACAUCUGUGUUCUUUUUAAAAGGAAACUAUCACAUUCUACAGAAUUACUAGAAACAUUUCUUCUCUAAUCCUGACAAAUUGAAGACUGUUCUAACUUUAUGGACUGAAUCAAGCUUCAUAUUAGCUGCUGGUGCUAGAAAUGUCCCAUUCUUUUCCUGUCAUAAGAGGCACACAUCACGUCUCCCCCCUCACAGUGGUGUGAUCCUGCAUUAUUUCACAGCACACAGCCCAGAAGCUCUCCAGAGAUUUGCAAACAGGCUGUCACUUGAUGCUUUUUCUUUUGCCUCUGCCUGAUCUUCUGUCACCGGCCUAACCUCAGACACAAUCGGGGUGAAACGUAGUUUUGCCUUUAUUGCUGUAGAAAGACUUCAUAUUUUUUCCCAAGCAGUGUCCUCAGCCAACAGUGACACAUCAGCAUCCGCUGUUGAAGAUGCAGAACCUGCACAUCUGUAAUGUCAUGCAGAGAGCAGCAUCGACAGAGACCGCAGAGUCUAUUUUUGCAAAGCUUUAGCAGCUCCCUUAUUUUAAUACACACCAGAGGAAGAAUCAUUUCCAAUGUGCAUUUUCAGAACUUGUGAAAACUGAAUAGUGAGUCAGCUGGCGGGACAGAACUCCACAGAUGUUUAUACUGAGCACUAUAUUUUGUAAUCAGAUCUAUUUUGGUGACAGGAACAGAGUGUAUAGAUAUGUGCAUGUAUUUUAUGCUCACUGUGUCACACUUGUUGUACAAUUCAAGUUAGAGAAUACAGGACCAUGUUUUAGUACGACAAUCUUUUACCCAAACUUUGGAAUCACUCUGCAAAAUAUCUAUUUGUAAAUAAAUGUAAUUUUAUACA